ACCCAGAAACCUGCCCGCUGCUGCUCUGCUGGACUUCGACCCUCAGAGAGCGAUAUCAGCUGUCUGUCAGUCUGCCUUAUCAACAGAUUAGGUCUGGUGGCUUUCACGAGUCAACCUGUUAGUGAGAGGAGUGGGACUGAUAAGGACGGUCAGCUCGCAGAUAGUUCCACUUGGGAGCAGAGCAGUCCCGGACAGUGUUUCGGACCUCUAAUCCAAAAACCAACAAGAAUCCCCAGAAGAUCUUCAGAAAGCAUUUGAAAGCUUUUAUUCCCCGAAACAGACAUCAUGUUGAGUAAAGAUCUCCCAGACAUUGAGAGCAUCCUGGCUCUGAAUCCCAGGGUAAAGACUCACGCUGACAUCAUCUCCACGGCAAGCAAGAAGAAAGAAAAGAAACACUGGAAGAGAAACCCUGAAAGGAACUGUGAUUCUUGUGAGAGGUUAGAGAACAACUUUGACGAUAUCAAACAUACAACAUUGAGCGAGCGCGGAGCUCUGCGAGAAGCACUGAGGUGUCUAAAAUGUGCGGAUGCUCCCUGUCAGAAGAGCUGCCCUACUAACCUGGACAUAAAGUCAUUUAUUACAAGCAUCUCUAACAAGAACUACUAUGGGGCAGCGAGGGCUAUCCUUUCUGACAACCCCCUGGGUUUGACCUGUGGAAUGGUUUGUCCCACAUCAGAGCUGUGUGUGGGAGGCUGCAACUUAUAUGCUUCUGAGGAGGGACCCAUUAAUAUCGGAGGGUUACAGCAGUUUGCUACCGAGGUGUUUAGUAAGAUGGGCAUCGCUCAGAUCAGGAAUCCUGAACUCCCACCAGCCAAUGAGAUGCCAGAGACUUACCACACCCCUAUUGCCCUGAUUGGUUGUGGCCCAGCGUCAGUCAGCUGUGCUUCCUUCCUGGCCCGUCUUGGAUAUGAUAAUAUUACCAUAUUUGAGAAACAGAAGUAUAUUGGCGGGCUUAGCACAUCAGAAAUCCCUCAGUUCCGACUUCCUUAUGAGGUUGUCCAGUUUGAAAUAGACCUGAUGAAGGACUUGGGAGUCAAGGUGGUGUGUGAGAAGGAACUAGGUGUUAACAGCCUGACUCUGACGUCCCUGAAAGAGGAAGGAUUUAAGGCUGUCUUCAUUGGGAUUGGACUCCCUCAGGCCAACAGAGCUAAAAUAUUCCAGGGUUUAACCAUGGAUCAAGGCUUCUUCACUUCCAAAGACUUUCUGCCAAUGGUGGCCUCAGCCAGCAAGAAAGGUAUGUGUCAGUGUCGCUCUUUUCUGCCGGAGUUAAGGGGUGUAGUAAUAGUGUUGGGGGCCGGUGACACUGCGUUUGACUGCGCCACCUCUGCUCUUCGCUGUGGAGCCAGGAGAGUCUACGUCUGCUUCAGGAAGGGAUUCACUAACAUCAGAGCUGUUCCCGAGGAGAUGGAGUUGGCUAAGAAGGAGCAGUGUGAGUUCCUGCCCUUCCUGUCUCCUCGUGAGGUCAUCAUGAAGAACGGUCGGGUUGCCGGUUUACAGUUCUGUCGCACCGAGCAGACCGAGGAAGGUGAUUGGCUGGAAGAUGAGGACCAAGUUGUCAGGCUGAAGGCUGAUUACAUCAUCAGUGCCUUUGGUUCCAUGCUCAACAAGCCGCAAGUGAGUGAGGCCAUGGCUCCUGUGAAGCUGACCCGCUGGGGUACUCCAGAGGUGAACACAGACACCAUGCAGACCAGUGAGCCCUGGGUGUUUGCAGGAGGAGACAUUGCUGGUUUGGCAAACACCACGGUGGAAUCAGUGAACGAUGGCAAACAGGCCUCAUGGCAUAUUCACAGAUACAUACAGUCCCUGCAUGGACAGGCAGUAGACCCAGUUCCGAAGCUGCCAUUGUUCUACAGUGCUAUAGAUCAGGUGGACAUCAGCGUUGUGGUUUGUGGAAUAAAGUUUCCCAACCCGUUCGGCCUGGCGUCUGCUCCUCCCACCACCAGCACAGCUAUGAUCAGAAGAGCUUUUGAACAAGGAUGGGGCUUCGCUCUGACCAAGACGUUUGGACUGGACAAGGACCUGGUGACAAACGUGUCUCCUCGUAUUGUACGUGGCACCACCUCAGGUCACGUGUAUGGACCAGGUCAAGGCUCCUUCCUCAACAUUGAGCUCAUCAGUGAGAAGACAGCAGCCUACUGGUGUCAGUCAGUCGCCGAGCUAAAGAAGGACUUCCCUAAUAAUGUGGUGAUCUCUAGUAUAAUGUGUAGUUACAACAAGGAAGACUGGACAGAACUAGCCAAGAUGGCAGAGGAAUCAGGAGCAGAUGCAUUGGAGCUGAACCUGUCUUGUCCUCAUGGGAUGGGGGAGAGAGGCAUGGGACUGGCCUGUGGACAGGACCCGGUGUUGGUGCGCAACAUCUGUCGCUGGGUGCGUGCAGCCAUUUCCAUUCCGUUCUUUGCCAAACUGACACCAAACGUUACCAAUAUUGUUGACAUCGCCAAGGCUGCUCAUGAAGGUGGAGCAGAUGGAGUAACAGCCACCAACACAGUCUCAGGUAUGAUGGGACUGAAGGCCGACGGCGCCCCCUGGCCGAGUGUGGGAAAGGGCAAACGCACCACGUAUGGGGGGGUGUCUGGUAAUGCCAUCAGACCCAUUGCUCUGAGAGCAGUAUCGGCCAUCGCCAGAGCAAUUCCCGGUUUCCCGAUUCUGGCCACCGGAGGUAUCGACUCAGCAGAGGCUGGACUACAGUUUCUUCACGCCGGGGCCUCGGUGUUACAGGUGUGCAGUGCAGUACAGAACCAGGACUUCACAGUGAUUGAGGAUUACUGUGUGGGUCUGAAGGCCUUGUUGUACCUGAAGAGCCUGGAGCUGAAGGACUGGGAUGGUCAAUCUCCUCCAACAGAGAGACAUCAGAAGGGAAAACCAGUUCCCAGACUGGAAGACCUGGUUGGAAAGAGCCUCCCUAGCUUUGGUCCAUACCUCCAGCAGAGGACAGAAGCCAUCGCAGAGUACAAGAAAAAGCUCAGAGACGGCUGUAAAACUGAUGCGAUGGAAGCUAACAUCAGCCGGGUCAGCACGCCCAUAAAACCUGUUCCUGCUGUCAAGGAUGUGAUAGCCAGAGCGCUGCGUUACAUUGGAGCAUACCAGGAACUUGACAACAUGGAGCAGGUCCAGGCUCUGAUAGAUGAAGAGAUGUGUAUCAACUGUGGUAAAUGUUACAUGACCUGCAAUGACUCUGGAUAUCAGGCUAUCGAGUUCGACCCAGACACCCACAUUCCCAUCGUGACUGACAGCUGUACGGGCUGCACUCUGUGCCUCAGCGUCUGUCCGAUCAUAGACUGCAUCAGGAUGGUUACCAGGACAACGCCCUAUGAACCCAAGAGGGGUGUGCCCAUUAGUCCUGUCUGCUAACGGAAAAGACAAACCAAAACUUUCCACCUAUUUAAUAAUGAGAUUAGAUAUUAUAAAGUUCUGUUUUAUGACUAAUUAAUCUGCCACAUGAGGUUUAAGACAAUUGUAACUGUAGUAAACAUUGUGUCCCAUUAAUGCAAGUCAUUUGGAUGAUGUAAAGAGUUCAAAAGGGAUAGAAAAAUUCCAUCCAACGUGUUUAUCUGCUUGAUAGUGAAGGAGGGGUGGGAGUUUAUGGGAAAUGUAGUCUUGAUUUUAAGAAAUACUAGCACCAAAAAUAUCACUGGAGAAAGAGGCAACCAACCUUUUUAAGGUCAAGGUUCACAAUAAUGGUAUCAAAAUACAUUUGUCAAUAAUUUAACUAUAAUUCUGACUCAAAUUAUGUUAGCAAUUGGAGAUUUUGCUUAACACUUUAUGUUUAAUGAGAUUAUGGAUGUUUCAAAUUAAACAUGUAUUUACUGGAUGUUUAAUGUAUUAAUGUACAACGGAAAUGCAUCUUUGAUAUGGUCUAUGAUUUAAAUAAAGUUUUUCUGAUCCCAGCAAACCUCCUGUA